AAAUAUGGCUUCUCAUUUCAGUGGUGUCCUACAGCUAACAGAUCUCGAUGAUUUUAUCACUCCUUCUCAGGAAUGUGUAAAACCAGUCAAAGUAGAGAAGAAACAAGGUAAAUCUGUGGCCAAAAUACAGAUAGAAGAUGAUGGCAGCUAUGUACAAGUCAACCAGGAUGGUGGAAAACAGAGGCUGGAGAGGGCAAAGAUAACACUGAAUGACUGCUUGGCUUGCAGCGGCUGCAUCACCUCGGCUGAGAGCGUCCUCAUCACGCAGCAGAGUCACGAGGAGCUUUUAAAAGUGCUGCGUAACAACAAGGUCAACGAGAGAGAAAAGAAGACUGUAGUUGUGGCAGUAUCACCACAGUCCAGAGCCUCUCUGGCAGCUCAUUAUAACCUGAGCAGCAGUGAGGCUGGCAGGAGGCUCACCACAUUCCUCAAAGGCCUGGGUGUUCAUCAUGUGUUUGACACCAGCUUCAGUCGGACCUUCAGUCUGCUGGAGAGUCAGAAAGAGUUUGUGGAGCGUUUCCGUCGACGGGAACGGGACAGCAAAGCUCUGCCCAUGCUGACAUCUGCCUGUCCAGGAUGGAUCUGCUAUGCUGAGAAGACCCACGGGGACCAUAUUAUUCCGUACAUCAGCACCACUCGCUCCCCGCAGCAGAUCAUGGGUUCUCUGGUUAAAGGCUAUUUUGCAGAACAACAGGGUCUAAGUCCACAACAAAUCUACCAUGUGGCUGUGAUGCCUUGCUUUGACAAAAAACUCGAAGCUUCGCGUUCCGACUUCUACAUGAGCGAAGCCGAGACCCGCGAGGUGGAUUGCGUCAUCACUUCAGGAGAGGUUCAGAAAAUGCUGGAGGAGGAACACGUGUCUCUUGCUGAUGUGAAGCCCGCGGCCCUGGAUACUCUGUUCAGCAGCGUGUGUGGGGAUGAGUUCCUGAGCCAUGCUGGAAGUGGCUCCGGGGGCUACCUCCAUCAUGUGUUCACCUUUGCUGCCAAGCAGCUGUUUGGAGAGGAGUUGAAAGAGCUCACCUACAAAACGCUCAGGAACAAAGACUUCCAGGAGGUGAGACUGGAGAAAGACGGUGAGGUCCUCCUGUGUUUUGCCUCGACGUAUGGCUUCCGCAACAUUCAGAACCUCGUGCAGAAACUCAAGAGGGGGAAGUCGCCUUAUCACUUUGUGGAAGUUAUGGCCUGUCCAUCAGGCUGUUUAAAUGGAGGUGGGCAGGUGAAGCCUCCAGCUGCUCAGAACCAAAAAGAGCUUCUUCUGAAAGUUGAGGAGCUCUACAAGGCGGAGCGUCCUCAGCUGCCAGAAAACGACCCUCGUGUGUCCGAGUUGUACCAGAGCUGGUUGGACGGUUUGGGUCAGGAGCGAGCCAAAGAGCUGCUGCACACGCAGUACCACGCUGUGGAGAAAAUGACUAACGGGCUCACCAUGAAGUGGUGAUUGGCGUCUUUGUUCUGCAGAGACGCCCGAUAAUCGUGGACAUCUGUCUCAAAGUGUGGACGUAUUUAAUGUUAAAUCACUUUUUUCCUGUUUGUGUGAUCAAAUGGAAAUCCGAAUCCUUUUGGCUCAUAAAUUAUGUUCAUAUGUGUUUUGAACUCCUCAUUGUCUUUAUAAUUACUAAAUAAUUCACUUUUCUCUGACAAGUAACUUUGUUAGCUGACCUAAUGCAUAUAAUUUUUUAAUAACUGUAUAGAAAUACU